AUGAAAAGCUCGGCUGUGUGUUUGCUCCUGCUUUGGCAGGCAGCAAUUGGCGCUGCAUAUACUGCACAGAAGCCUUUGAAGAACAAACCGACCGUUGCGAAGGUUGGAGAUGCGGGCGGGACAACCACCGACUUGGCCGCGGGUGUAGGCCAGCCAGUCGUUCAACAACAAGGCUCCGAGCUUGUCGAUUUGGCCUUGUCAGAGCUUCAAAAAGUACCGCUGGCGACUCGAAAGAAACAUAAAAUGGCCUCAGGCCUGCUCAGCUUCACCGCGCGAUACCUCCUCAGAGUCCUGCCGACAAUGCCGGCGACCGGCCCGACACAGAAGCAGACUUCGACCGUGAGCGGACCUGUCGCCGUUGCGAAGGAUUACCUCGAAAAAGCCGCGGCAAAGAACAACUCGGACGCACUAUACCUGCUUGCGGAACUGAACUUCUUCGGAUACCACAACUACCCCCGAGACCUCCAGGUCGCCUUCGACUACUACCAGGAGCUAGCCGCACACAAUGGGAAUACGACUGCGCAAUACAUGCUGGGACUAUUUUAUUCUACAGGCUUGGGAAAUAUCGUGCCGCAGGACCAAGCAAAGGCGCUGUUGUAUUACACGCUUGCCGCCAAGCGCGGAGACGCUAAGGCGCUGAUGGCUAUUGGCUACCGCCACCAUAGCGGUGUCGGCACUAUCAAAAACUGCGAGACUGCUCUUGGAUACUACAAAGAAGUGGCAGACAAGGCUAUCAAUUGGUAUAGAGAUGGUCCACCUGGAGGCCAGUCCUGGAUCCAGGAAGCAUGGCGCAUCUCGGAUGACGGCGGUGGCAUCUAUGGCGAAGGAGCUAGUGCCUCGAGCGCGGGACUGAAUGCACUGAAACGCAAUCUGCAUUCCAACGACAAUGCAGCAAUAAGCGACGUCAUCGAGUACCUGGAUCUUAUGUCGCAAAAGAGCGAUUCAAAAGCCUCAUUUAACCUCGGUCGACUGUACUAUGAAGGACAACGUGGCCUGGAGAAGGAUUUCGAAAGUGCUUUGAAAUAUUUCUUCUUGGCAGCCUCAAGGUACUGGAAGCGUGAUGGACGUGCUACAGACGGCAACAAAAACGGUGCAGAUAAGACGGCUGCCGAGGCGGCUGGCUAUAUCGGGAGAAUGUAUUUGCGUGGGGAAGGUGUCGUGCAAAACUAUGACAAGGCCAAAGCGUGGUUCGAGCGUGGUAAGUCGCACGGCGAUGCCCAGUCGCAAUGGGGACUCGGUAUUAUGCUGCUCAAUGGCAUGGGCAUACGACGAAAUAUCAAACUCGCGACGGAGCUACUGCGAACAUCGGCCGACCAAGACUACGCUCCAGCCCAAGUGCAGAUGGGCCGUCUGUUUCUUGACCAAGGCAAUCCCGAGGAUGUCAAGACGGCGAACUACCUCUUUGAGCUUGCCGCCCGGUAUGGCAACAUCGAGGCCUGGUAUUACUUGGCGGAAAUGACGAAUCACGCCAUUGGCCGCGAGCGACAAUGUCAGAUAGCCCUCAGUUACUACAAGACUGUUGCCGAGCGCGCUGAGCCACUGGUUUCGCUCUGGUCACAAGCCAACUUGGCGUACGAACUAGGUAACCAUGACUUGGCAUUCCUGCAGUACGUCAUGGCUGCUGAACAGGGCUAUGAGAAGGCACAGACAAAUGUUGCCUUUAUGCUUGAUGCCAGCUUUGGCAAGCUGUCAGUGGUGGAGCUGCUCACUGGUCGUCAGGAGAACAAGAUAAGCCCAAUGGCAAAUGCUAAUCUCGCCCUCAUUGAGUGGACCAGAUCAUCGCGCCAGUCCAACGUGGACUCACUGGUGAAGAUGGGCGACUAUUAUUUUUACGGCAUCGGCGUCGAUAAGGACCUUGCCAAGGCUGUCUCAUGCUACACCGGUGCCUCUGACUACCAACAAAGCGCGCAGGCUCUGUUUAACCUAGGCUGGAUGCACGAGAAUGGCGUGGGGUUGACACAAGACUUUCAUCUCGCCAAAAGAUACUAUGACCAUGCUCUGGUAGUCAACGCGGAGGCAUAUCUCCCCGUCACAUUGAGUCUUUUGAAGCUUCGCAUACGCAGUGCGUGGAAUACCUUCACCCAUGGUCCGAUUCACUCUAUUCAGGACGAGCCGAGCAAGUUUCCUUACCCUCGUAGCGACAUGAGAGGCAUACUAACAAAUGCUGCAGAGAAAAAGAAGGACUGGUCCCUCUCCGAGUGGAUCAACAAUUUUAUCGAGGGAGACUUGCUGUACGAUGACGAAUACUACGAGGACUACUACGAUGCCAACACGAUCGAAGGCGGGGAGAUUUUUGACGACUCCAACGUGCUGGAGAGCCUGCUGAUUAUUGGCGUUACCUUUGCCCUCGUCGGCCUAGUCUGGUGGCGGCAGCGGUUACAGAUGCAGCGGGCUGAAGCCGAGGAGCGUCGGCGGCGCGAGCAGGGUCUCCCACCAGGGGCGCCGGUGAUGAUGGAUCCGAAUAUGAUGGGCGGGUUUCCGGGUUGGGCUGCUGGGGGUAUAGGAUUCUAA